GUGUGGGUGUGUUUGUGUAGUGUGUGUGUUUGUGUGCUCGUGUGUAUGUGUGCGAGCUGACAGGUAGAAAGCUGCCGUCUCUCGGUGAGUUGCGGGCAAUGCGGUGAACAGAUUUGAGUAAAUAUUCAGACAUGGUGGAUCACUCCAGCAGCCAGAUGAACCAUGUCCACUAAACUUCGCUGCAGACUUGGAGCUCAGCGGUGAAACGUGGGCGAAGACACCGCAGGAACAGACGGGAAAUUCAACUGUCAGCUGGCCGGGAAGAGCCGAUCACACCACCCGGCUUCCGGGGAUUCAGGGGCCGCAUCGGUUGACGGCAGACGUCGGUCGGCAGCUCGGGGGGAAGAGGGCGAGCAGCCACAUCACCGCGGACAUCUACCUCUCAGUUUCUGCCACUUUCCGAGAUGUCAAGGAAGCUUCAGAGGACAGAAGUCUGCGCCGACUGCAGUGCGCCAGACCCCGGCUGGACCAGUAUCAACCGAGGGGUUCUGAUCUGUGAUGAAUGCUGUUCAGUUCACCGCAGCUUAGGGCGUCAUAUCUCCAUAGUCAAGCACCUGAGGCACAGCGGAUGGCCUCCAGCACUACUGCAGAUGGUUCAGACCUUGGCCAGCAAUGGGGCCAACUCCAUAUGGGAACACAGUCUCCUGGACCCUGCUCAGGUGCAGAGUGGUCGAAGGAAACCCAACCCCCAGGACAAAGUCCACCCCACUAAGUCAGAGUUCAUUAGAGCCAAAUACCAGAUGCUGGCCUUUGUACACAAGCUGCCCUGCCGCGAUGAUGAUGGCGUCACCACCAAGGACCUCAGUAAGCAACUCCACUCCAGUGUGCGAACGGGCAGUUUAGAGACAUGUCUUCGGCUCCUGUCCCUCGGUGCUCAGGCCAACUUCUUCCACCCGGAAAAAGGCACUACCCCACUCCAUGUAGCAGCCAAGGCAGGCCAGAUCUUGCAGGCGGAGCUCUUGGUGGUGUAUGGCGCAGACCCUGGAGCACCCGACAUAAACGGACGUACGCCUAUGGACUAUGCAAGGCAGGCUGGUCACAUAGAGUUAGCAGAGCGGCUUGUGGAGUGUCAGUAUGAGCUGACAGACAGGCUAGCCUUCUACCUGUGUGGACGGCGUCCAGAUCACAAGAAUGGCCAUUAUAUCAUUCCUCAAAUGGCAGACAGCCUGGACCUGUCAGAACUGGCCAAGGCUGCCAAGAAGAAGCUCCAAGCGCUCAAUAAUCGGCUGUUUGAGGAGCUAGCGAUGGAUGUCUACGAUGAGGUGGAUCGCAGAGAAAAUGAUGCAGUGUGGCUUACGACCCAGAACCACAGCACUCUGGUAACAGAACGCAGCGCAGUGCCCUUCCUACCAGUCAAUCCUGAAUACUCUGCCACACGCAACCAGGGCCGUCAGAAGCUGGCCCGGUUCAAUGCUCGGGAGUUUGCCACUCUCAUCAUCGAUAUCCUGAGCGACGCUAAAAGGAGACAGCAGGGAAAAGGUCUCAGCAGCCCUACAGACACACUGGACCUGGGUAUUGAUGAUGACCAGCAUGACUAUGACAGCGUAGCAUCUGAUGAAGACACAGACAGUGAGCUAACCACCCAGAACAACAACAACACACAACGCAGCAACCGAGCAAAGAGUAUGGACUCGUCAGACUUGUCAGACGGUCCCAUCACCCUGCAGGAGUACCUCGAGGUGAAGAAGGCCCUGGCCUCCUCAGAAGCCAAGGUGCAGCAGCUCAUGAAAGUCAACAACAACCUGAGCGAGGAGCUGCGGCGGCUUCAAAAGGAGAUCACACGGAUGCAGACAGAGAACAGUGCCCUGCGGGGGGGCCACCAGGCUGGGGGGGCAGCCGGCCAUGGGGUAGGGGGCCAUGGUGGAGGGGGGGGAGGCCACUGGCAAGGGGGUGUGAUGCGAGGAGGAAUAAGUGGAGGGGGUCUGGGUGGGUUUGGGCCCGGAGCGGACAGCCCGGGGCUCUCUGUGACCUCCUCCGUGGCCCCCCACUCCCAUCCCCACCGGAGAGACCGCCAGGCCUUCUCUAUGUACGAGCCAGGGGCGGCCCCCGGCCCCAAGGUCCAUGGCCCCCCAGCCCUGGACUCCCUGGCAGCCCGCCUGCAGCCACUCAACACAUCCAGCGGAAGGAAGGGUAGCACAGGGGGUCCAGUGUCGUAUGGAGGCCAUCAUCUGUCUGGAUCUACAGAGAUGGGCAGAUACAUGAAGCACGGCAGCGGCACAGACAGUGACUAUGACAACACACAAACAUAUGACCACUCGCUAAGUAUGGGCCGCAGCAGUGAGGAGGAGGGUCGUGGGGACUCUGAGGACGGUGGGGGGGGGGAGACGUGGGAGCCCGACCCCACCCUGCCUUGUACAGAGGACGUCAUACUGAAGACUGAGCAGGUGACCAAGAACAUCCAGGAGCUGCUCAGAGCCGCCCAGGAGUUCAAACAUGACAGCUUUGUUCCAUGUUCUGAGAAGAUCCACUCUGCUGUCACUGAGAUGGCCUCACUCUUCCCAAAACGUCCAGCGUUGGAUGCAGUCCACUCCUCCCUCCGGCUGUUGGCUUCCAGCGCCUCGCGGCUGCAGGUGGAGUGCCGCAAAGCGGUGCCCUCGGAGCCCGGCGCCCCCCCGGUGGACUACCAGCUCCUCACUCAGCAGGUCAUCCAGUGCGCCUAUGACAUCGCCAAGGCCGCCAAGCAGCUGGUCACCAUCACCACUCGUGAGAAGAAACAGUGACCCAACUAAUGCAUGGAUGGAUAGAUGAGAGGGAAGAGGAUGAAAGAACAGAUCAAUGCAUGGGGGGGGGCUGAGAGGGAACGGAGGGGCUUCUAGGAGAGGGACGAAGACGGAUAAUGUGAUCACACUAAAGAUGGGAGGACGGGAGUGACGGAAGAAUGAAAAAGAAAAGAGAAGUUUGGAAAAUGCAUGGGAACGAAACCGGAUGGAAGCGCUCAUGGUUGAGUAGAAACAGGAGGACUGAAAAAGGAGAAAUUCCACAAGUGUGGAAGUGAAAGCCGGGGAGGACGAGCGGGGGGGAACCGACAUGGGAAAUAGAGGGCGGAGCAACAGUUGGAAUCAGAUGUGUAUAAUUAACUGUUUAAAUGUGAUGAGCAUAUGUGAAACACACAGGUGGUGAUGUACAGAGAACUGGAUCCCGAGGUGGAAACGGCUUUAUUUAUUCUCACCUGUCUGUUGUCAUCCCUCCCCCCCCCCCAUCGUGGUUGAGAGGGAGAGGGAGUGUCAGCUGUGAGAGAGGGAGGUCCACAGACCGACCACCGCAGAGCGUGAUGGACCCCAAACCACUGCCGUCCUCCUCUGCUUUCCUCUCCCACCUGCUCCUUUGAUGCCUCUCUCUCUCUCUCUCUCUUUCUCUCUCCAGAUAGUCUUUCGUGGGUUAACUUUAACAGGGGGUUCCUGCUCUCCUCCGACCUGUCCCCCCCGUCUCUCUCUCUCUCUACAUUGUCGCUGGUACACAGCGUGAUCUGGCAUGUUUGAAUUUCUCUCCUCUCUCCUCUUUUUCUUUGUUUUUUUUGCAGAUUGGUUUGGUCUGCACCUCCGAGGACAAACCUUACUGACUCACAAAAACAAAACACUUACACUGGAAUAAUUGUGAUUUAUUUGUUGUUUAUCAUGCCAAUUGUUUUUUUUGUUCUUUUUGUAUUGAUAUUUUUACUGACUCGUCUUGAUUUAACUGUUUAUGUAUGUUUUUAUUUCAUUGUCUCAAUAUGAUUCUCAUUUAUUGGAACAGGGAGACAGGUGGGGAGUAAUGUGCUCAACCUCUUACUGGGAUUUAAACCAACGUGCACACGAAAAGAAAAGAAGGAAAAACCUGUGACAUGGUCCUCAACAUUUCUCUCGCGCUCUGUUUUUGGGUGACGGUUGAGGUUUUUUUCUUCAUGUCAUAAUUUGUCCUGUGGCCAAGGGGUCGAAAAGUUGCCAAAGGGGAGUUUGAUUUUUGGGAGAUCAGUUUUAGAUUUUCUGUCAGAUUGAAAACCCCUUGAUGCAUUAUGACAGGAUCUGGAUCAAAAUGCUCUUUCGGUGUUUACUCUUUUAUUUGCCUCUUCUAAUAGAACCAGUGGAAUCAUCUCAGAAUCUCAUAGCAAACAUUAUUUACAUGAAUGAUAACAAACGUUGAGUCAAACGUUUGUUGCCAUGCUUGUCAGAGAUACUGGUAUGUUGCAGUCAAAGCUUGGGUUGGUAAUCCUGGAAAGGCGAGCAGCAUGCUACAUUUAGGAAGCGAUCCAUCUCACCCUCUUCCAUCGGCCCUCUCAUCAAAGCGCACACUGUUUGACAACAACUAGAAGACAACUUUUUUGGACUGGCUCGCUAACUUCUAGCUGUAGCCUCUGCUUCAGCUAUGCAUGUCUCCGCUUCUAAAGACUCAUGCACAGGCAGGGUGCACGUAGGGAGGCAGGCUGGUUAGUAACAGACAGGUACGCCAGCCAAUCAUAUUGUUACUCCGGCUUUUUUCUCUUCUUUUUUUCAAACAACUAUUUAUUGAUGGCUUUCGGGAUGUGAAGAGGAUUUCAACAAACAAAGAUAAAAGGUUGUUUAGAAACAAAUUACCAACCCUACCGUGAAGCUUUAGGUCGACCUGUGGAAAGCACCAGAUCGAGUCAACUGGACAAAAAAUUUGCUCAUUUGAAGUCAAUUUCUGAAACCUCAAGAGUGCGCUUGAUUUACUUUGCCAUGUGUUACUUUCACUGUGGCGAGCACAAACAAGCCCACCGCCACUGUAGUCCUGCUGACUCGGGCCUCAGAAGUUUGAACUUCUAGCUCACCGUCUCUCAUGGGAGACAGCAUUGGGAACAAAGUAGUGUUAUUUUUUUUUGUUGGCUUUUCAAAGAUAGCUCACUGAACCUAUUGUAGGUUAAAACCUUGUUCUGUGCCGAUGGGGUCACACCUGUAACUCAGGUUUCAGAUGGGAUCUUGUUUAAAUUCACCUCUUACCUUUCUCCAAUGAUUCUGCAGCUCUUUUCUCAAAGUGUCUGCAGCUCUCAGAGUUGGUUCUUGCAUCGACCUCGUCUGCAUAAUCUUGGCUCGUCGCUCCAAAGGAUUCUGCGCAUUUAGAAAUUCACCUUCCUGAAACGAUGACGUCGUCCUUCAAACGGCAUUUACCGCUCAUCUCAAUGUUUGAUUUUUUCCUUGUGUCGCUGCCUUUUAGCAAGAAGCAAUUAAACCCCAACUUGUCCCUAA